CUUCAUUCCAGCUGUCAGCUAUCUCUGUGUCUACGAUGAGAGCCUCUGGCCACCUCAGCCACCUUCCCGACGGUGGGUUUUGGGCCCCAGACAUGCGGUGAUCUCAAAGCAAGGGCUGCUACCACCAACCGGAACCUGCCAGCAUAUGCCUUAGGCUCCAGCAAUGAAUGCCCACUCCAAGGAGAUGGUGCCCCUCAUGGGCAAAAGAACCACUGCACCUGGCGGGAACCCUGCUGUGCUGACAGAGAAGAGGCCGGCAGAUCUCACCCCCACCAAGAAGAGUGCACACUUCUUCCUGGAGAUAGAAGGAUUUGAGCCCAACCCCACUGUUACCAAGACCUCUCCCCCAAUCUUCUCCAAGCCGAUGGACUCCAACAUCCGGCAGUGCCUCUCUGGCAACUGUGAUGACAUGGACUCUCCUCAGUCUCCUCAGGAUGAUGUGACAGAGACCCCAUCCAAUCCCAACAGUCCAAGCGCAAACCUGGCCAAGGAAGAACAGAGGCAGAAGAAGAAGCGGCUGAAGAAGCGCAUCUUCGCGGCUGUAUCAGAGGGCUGCGUGAGGGAGCUGCGGGAACUCCUGCAGGAUCUGCAGGAGCUCUGUAGACGGCGCCGCGGCCUGGAUGCGUCCGACUUCCUAAUGCACAAGCUGACAGCCUCAGACACUGGGAAGACCUGCCUGAUGAAAGCUUUGCUCAACAUCAACCCCAACACCAAAGAGAUCGUGCGGAUUCUGCUUGCCUUCGCUGAGGAGAACGACAUCCUGGACAGGUUCAUCAAUGCGGAGUACACGGAAGAGGCCUACGAAGGGCAGACAGCGCUGAACAUUGCCAUCGAGCGGCGCCAGGGAGACAUCACAGCAGUGCUCAUAGCAGCGGGUGCUGACGUCAACGCUCACGCCAAGGGGGUCUUCUUCAACCCAAAAUACCAGCAUGAAGGCUUCUAUUUUGGCGAGACGCCCCUGGCCUUGGCAGCAUGUACCAACCAGCCUGAGAUCGUGCAGCUGCUGAUGGAGAAUGAGCAGACAGACAUCACUUCCCAGGACUCUCGGGGAAAUAACAUCCUGCAUGCGCUGGUGACAGUGGCUGAGGACUUCAAGACCCAGAAUGACUUUGUUAAGCGCAUGUAUGACAUGAUUCUGUUGAGGAGUGGCAACUGGGAGCUGGAGACCAUGCGCAACAAUGACGGUCUCACGCCACUGCAGCUGGCUGCCAAGAUGGGCAAGGCUGAGAUCCUGAAGUAUAUCCUUGGCCGUGAGAUCAAGGAGAAGCCUCUCCGGAGCCUGUCCAGAAAGUUCACAGACUGGGCAUAUGGGCCUGUGUCAUCCUCACUCUAUGACCUCACCAACGUGGACACGACGACGGAUAACUCUGUGCUGGAGAUCAUCGUCUACAACACCAACAUUGAUAACCGGCAUGAGAUGCUGACCCUGGAGCCUCUGCAUACACUGCUGCAUAUGAAGUGGAAGAAAUUUGCCAAGUACAUGUUCUUCUUGUCCUUCUGCUUCUAUUUCUUCUACAACAUCACCCUGACCCUCGUCUCUUACUACCGUCCUCGGGAAGAUGAGGCUCUCCCACACCCCUUGGCCCUGACACAUAAGAUGAGUUGGCUUCAGCUCCUAGGGAGGAUGUUUGUUCUUAUCUGGGCCAUGUGCAUCUCUGUGAAAGAGGGUAUUGCCAUUUUCCUGCUGAGACCCUCUGAUCUUCAGUCCAUCCUGUCGGAUGCCUGGUUUCAUUUUGUCUUUUUUGUCCAAGCUGUGCUUGUGAUACUGUCUGUAUUCUUGUACUUGUUUGCCUACAAAGAAUACCUUGCCUGCCUCGUGCUGGCCAUGGCCCUGGGCUGGGCGAACAUGCUCUACUACACGAGAGGCUUCCAGUCUAUGGGCAUGUACAGCGUCAUGAUCCAGAAGGUCAUUUUGCACGAUGUUCUCAAGUUCUUGUUUGUUUACAUCCUGUUCUUACUUGGAUUUGGAGUAGCGCUGGCCUCACUGAUUGAGAAAUGCUCCAAGGACAAACAGGACUGCAGCUCCUACGGCAGCUUCAGCGAUGCGGUGCUGGAGCUCUUCAAGCUCACCAUAGGCCUGGGCGACCUGAACAUCCAGCAGAACUCCACCUACCCCAUCCUCUUUCUCUUCCUACUCAUCACCUAUGUCAUCCUCACCUUUGUCCUGCUCCUCAACAUGCUCAUCGCCCUGAUGGGGGAGACGGUGGAGAAUGUCUCCAAAGAGAGUGAGCGGAUCUGGCGCUUGCAGAGAGCCAGGACCAUCUUGGAGUUUGAGAAAAUGUUACCAGAAUGGCUGAGAAGCAGAUUCCGCAUGGGAGAGCUGUGCAAAGUAGCUGAUGAGGACUUCCGGCUGUGCCUGAGGAUCAACGAGGUGAAGUGGACUGAAUGGAAAACACACGUGUCUUUUCUCAAUGAAGAUCCAGGGCCCAUAAGACGGACAGCAGAUUCAAACAAAAUUCAAGAUUCUUCCAGGAGCAAUAGCAAAACCACCCUCUAUGCAUUUGAUGAAUUAGAUGAAUUUCCAGAAACGUCGGUGUAGAAGCAUGGCUGAAGGCUGAUGUGAACACUGUGGUCUGAUGCUGCAGGCCAAGCCCUGGUGCUGAAGUGCUAUGCAGAGUGCUAGACUAGAAGCAAAACACUCCUCACAGUGGCUGGUGGCUGCUGAGGGGCAGCAGUCACGAUCUGAAAGGAAGGCUCCUUGGGUUUUGUGACUCCAGAGGUCAGUAGAAAUCCAUGGCCAGCAGUUCUGGGUCUGGAAGUCUCCUGAUGCCCCGGGUGAGGUGCCUGCAGGUUGGCUUGGCUCCAAGACGCAUGUGCUGGGGAAGACGGAGCUGGGGUCUGAGGAGUGGGGAGAGCAGUCUUCCCUCUACUAUGGUCUGUUGUUAGGGCCAGCUCUUCCUUUGCCUCCACAACUGUGAUUUGUGGGGGAUCCUGUCCUAGCAAGUCUAGAAGAUCUGAGCUAAGUUGAUCUACCUGGGGAGUAAGGGAAUGAGCUAUGGGAAUACCCUCAUUGAGUCUCCAUCGAGCAGGAAGCUGGACUCCAUCCUUGGACUGAAACCCAAGGCUAAACCUAUCUCCAGCAGAGAGAUGUUUUAACAGUGUAACUGACACAAAAUUUUUAUUUUUAGUUCAGAAAAGCCAUUUCACUUUUGAAUGAAAAUUACUUCAGAUGAAGUAGGCAACUUUAAAAGCUAAGAAAUAGAUUUUGGGCUUUUGGACUGAAUGUAAGUAUUAUAUACUAGGCCUCAGGAUGGUCAGGGUCAGGACAAUAAAAUUUUCCUCAUGCACACAAAGCCUGAGGGAGACAGGCUGUGAUCUAGGGAAAAGGUUUGGUGUCCAUCUUCUUUCAGCCCCAUCCAGUGCUGGCCUCACUUUAUCUGAGAUGAAAAUAGCAGCUGAUCUGUUGAGAGGGUUUUAAAACUGAAAGCUGACUAGCACACGCCAGUGUUUCGUAUGUUUUUGUUAACUGUGAAUACUGAAACUGUAGUAGAAGGCUUCUCAGGAAAGGAUAUCUGUCAAACUUAGGGCUGACUUCUUAUCCUCAGCCUAAGUUUUUUUUUUUUUUUCUCCUUGAAAUUUCAGAGUCAGUUUGGGGUGUAGAGGUAGAGAUUGGAGAAUUUCUCCAGUGGCUAGAACUGAAAUGUUCCUCCCACCCCCAGCCUACACUCUUCUGUUAUUUAGUGAUAGGAUUCAUGUGGAAAGGUUUGAGAUGGAAUCAUAGAUGAUUAUGAAGAUUUUUUUUAAUGUUAAAGAGGGUGGACAUAAGUUGGGACUUUAGAAAACUUGGCAAUUGGUGAGCUAAUCAGUCUAGAGACCAGACAAAGCAGUUCACUCUGGCAGGUUUCUCCAUUCUAGAAGGUUCCAAGUACCAGCUUAGCUGGACAGGUGAAAAGUUGGUCAUUUCAUCCUGAAUGGCCAGGUCAGGGGAGAUGGUGGAUGGUACAGCAUGGACAGCUGCCCAGUCUGCAGCAGCCACUACCUGCUCAACCUUCUAGAGUCUACAUUGCUCAAAGAUCACACUCAAGUAGGGGAAGAUGACAAAGCAUGUGUUUUUUUUGGAAAAGCAAGAACCUGAGGGGGACAUCAUGGGAAGGAUGGGCAGAAAUAGUCAGAAAACUGGAUUGAGAUUUUGGUUCAGUUCAGUAGAGUUCAGCUUCGGGAGUUUGGAAGUAUUCAAGAAAUGGGGUGAGCACUUGUUGGGGAAGAAGCUGAAGAAAGCAGUUAGGUGAAUCUUAAGGUUCCUAGACAUUCUACAAGCCAGUAUUCCAUACCUGGAGUCUCCUUGAGUUACCUGAACAGAAGGUCCUGUUUAAAGGGCAACCACUGGUUCUAGGGAGCUGGGAUUCCAGCUUCGUGCUGCCUUGGAAGUCAGGAGAUAAAGCCACAUAGCUUUGCAUUUCCCACCUGGAUGGAAGGCAUGUCACGUUGGGCAGAUAGAAAUAACCAGCUUCUCACAUGUUGUGGAGAUCUGCUUUUGGUGGAUCUGGGUGGAGUUUGUUGGCAAACUCAUUUCUAAACUUGCUAUUCAUCUAAAUGUGGGACCCCCUCCCCCAAUGAAGGCUUCCAGCCCAGAAUGUCAAGCUAAGAAAGUUCAUCAAAGCAAGGAAAAGGCAUCUCAACAAAUGGUGUCCCAUUCAAAAGGACCAAAUCCCUCAUUAUACAUGUGGAGACUCAGGCUCUGGAAUGAACAUGACUUGUUCUAAGUCAUGUCAGAGUAGGAGAUGCUAGGAUGUUCUGAUUUCUGAGCCACAGGGAUCCUUUUGCAGCUUUUAUCAUUGAGUCUUUUUGUAGUUGCCACAUUGAGGGGCUAGUUCUCUCUCUCCUCUCUCUCCUCCCCACCCCCCUCUCUCUGUCUCUCUCUCAUGUCUUGGAAGUUAGCAUUGUCCGUACAACCCAAUAACAAGUCUAAAGGUCAAAUGUGCCUAAAGCCACACAAUAACAACAAAAAUAGCAAGAAUACACACACACACACACACACACACACACACACACACACACACACACACACACACCACUGACUCUGUGGGCCUAACAGGACAUCUUAAAACUCCAUGCUUUACAUUCCAGUAGUUUAGGGGGAAGAGGUUUUCUGGGGAUGGGACUGAGCAUGCUCAGGCAGUAGCUGCAAACCCUGUUUUAGGUAAACAUUUCCCCAGGAAGAGUUCUGUAUUCUAGACAUGAUGUCACAUGUCUGUCUGGGAUAACACCAGUGCUUACUUCCUUCCUGGUGUGGGGGGAAGGAGUGAAAGUCGUACUGUGAAGCCAUUGAGCUCUUAGGCAUCUGCCAAGAGAGUGCAGUAUUAUCGAGGUUCCUUUCCUUCCUUUUGCUCUGGGUGAGCCACAGGGAGACAGGCUCUCACCAGAGUCUGUAAGUCAUAUUUGACUUCUGCAUUGAUUUACGUGUUAUUUUAUAUUUACUGUGAUUUUGGUUCCAGACACAGAGUUAUUGUCUUAUUCUCACGGGAUGUACCUGAUCCUUAUAUAACUUAAUUUAUAGACUUGUUUUUAGUGUUGUUUGUGUGAAACUACAUGCUCAAGAAAUCAUAAAGAGUAAGACUACUUUGGUCUCAUUGAAGAAAUACUGUUUUGAUUUCUAAUAAAUAUUUAUUUUGUCACGUUA